UCGAUCAGAACUUAAAACAGUGUGGAAUACUCAAUAGUGAAGCAGAUUUAAAAGCAAUAAUAAAAUAAUUUUCAUUAUGAAUGGCAAAGGCUGGGACUGGAUGCCUUUGCUGCUGCUGCUCGUGGCAUCUGCUGUGGCAAUGCAAAGCGAGCUGUGGGCUGCCACAUGUGACAACGAGGAACGCUACGAGAACCAGAUGAUGUGUGUGGACAAACAGUUUGGCGCCCAGGUGCCCUAUCCCGAUAAUUGCAGUCUAUUCCUCGUCUGCAAUUGUCUUUAUCCCACGGUCAAACUUUGCCCCGCUACACUGUGGUGGGACAACGACACACAAGUCUGUAACUAUCCUCAGGAUACCAAGUGCAUUUACUACAGCUUUACGACACCUGCACCAACUACAUUGCCAACAAUCCCGACUUCGAGCAGUCCUGCAGAUAAUACAACUAUUCUACCGAUCACUACAUCUUCUGUGUGGACUACAACUGAAGAGAAUUGGCCCACUUCUAGCUGGGAUCCACCACCACCUCCACCUGGCAUUGACGAUUCAUUCUGCCGCGAUUACCCAGACGGUUCGGUGCAUCGAUAUGACUACGAUUGCAAUGCGUAUAUUAAUUGCACACAUGGCUGGCCCGUGCUCAACUACUGUGAUUACGAUAAGGUCUUUAAUGCGGUGCUGAAAAUUUGCGAUACGCCAGAUACCGCGGAAUGUGAACCGCUGCCGUUGCCUACGUCAACUACUGUAGAGCCCCCAACAACAACAGUCGAACCAUCAACAACUACAGUUGAGCCCUCGACAACAACUGUAGAACCCACAACAACUACAGAUGAACCCACAACAACUACAGAUGAACCAACAACAACUACAGAUGAACCAACAACAACCACAGUUGAACCAACAACAACUACAGAUGAACCAACAACAACUACAGAUGAACCAACAACAACCACUGAAGACGAUGGCACUUGUGGUCCACCUCCUGUGGGCAUAGACGAGGAUUACUGUUGGUACUUGGGCAAUGGGUUCUACGAGUAUCCCUAUGACUGCAGCGCCUACAUCAGCUGUCGCAAUGGCUGCACUAAUUUAGCCUACUGCAAACCCGACAAGCUUUUCAACCCAAUGCUGUUCAUCUGCGACACACCCGAUUCGGUGGUGUGUAACCCUGAGUCGUAUCCAACAACCGUCGGAACAACUGAGACACCGCCAACAGAACUGCCAAAUGAUAGCACCACCAGCACACCUGAAUCCACCACAACCAGUACAACAACAACCACCACGCCGUUGCCACCUUAUGUGGAUCCCGAUAUCUGCGACGGUUUGCCCGACUACAGUCGCCUGCCCAUUGCUAGCAACUGCUCGCAGUAUGUGCAGUGCAAGGACAAUGAAGCGAUACUCGGUGAGUGUAGCAAUGGCAUGCUCUUCAAUCCCGAUUUCCUCAUCUGUGACAAUGCCGACGAUGUGCUUUGCUAUGGCGAUCGCACCACAACCUCACCAACUACGACCACACCUGAGCCAACAACUACACCAACCACAACCACAAGCACCACUGUGACUACGCCUGCCACUACAACCACUGCAGGACCUGCGCAACUCUGCGAUGGUCAGGAGGUGGGUACUUCGUUUCCCUAUGAGAAGGAUUGCACACAGUAUAUACUGUGUCUGGGCGAUGACAAGUACUACAUAGCACCUUGUGCUGGUGGAUAUUAUGAUCCCAAAACGGGUAACUGUGGUCCCAACGUGUCCCCCACAGCCUGCAAGGAGAAGGAGACCACCACAACGCCAGCAACAACAACAUCAACUACAACGACUACCACUCAGGCGCCAACAACGACGACAACAGAAGCUGUCACGCCUACGACAAGCAGCAGCCCAAAACCCGUGGAACCAACCGGCAUCUGUGCGGGUCGAAAUGAUGGUGAAAUGAUUGCCUAUCCCAACGAUUGUAGCAAAUACAUUGUCUGCGUGUCACCCAUACCCGUUGCCUUCUACUGCAUCGAGGGCUUCUACUUUAGCCUGGAGCGACAACAAUGCGUCCGAUGGGAGGACAGUGAUUGCGACCAGGACAUCAGCACCACCACCACCGCCACACCGGGCAACACUACACCGCCUCCCGAGCCUACCAUCUGUACGAACAGCACGCGCGAUACAUUCCCCUAUCCGGAGAACUGUCAGUGGUUCAUUCGUUGUGUCGACGAUUACAUCUACAUGAUGGAUGUCUGUAACUGUGGCGAAUACUACGAUCCGAUAGUGGGCGCCUGCGGUCCGGAUGUUCCGCACGAUGCUUGUCGCUGGGACUACACAUCAACCACCCCCGAGUCUACCACUCCUGAAAGCACGACCGCUGUUACACGUCCACCACCCCAAAAGGGUCCAUGUGACGAUGCUGCUGAUGGAGAACUUGUUCCCUAUCCCAAUGAUUGCUCCAAGUAUAUCAAAUGUGAUCGGCCCAUUGCCUCGGCCUUUGACUGUGACGAGGGCGAGGAGUUUAGCGCCGAGGAACGCAAAUGCAUGGACGCAUCGCUGGCCAACUGCACGCCUGGUUCAACGGGAACUACACCAGCACCGACUACCACAACGGAGACAAGCACAACUCAGGAGACAUCUACCACUCAGGAGACGUCUACAACUCCGGAGUCAUCUACCACUCAGGAGACUUCUACAACCCAGGAGACUUCCACAACCCAGGAAACUUCUACUACCGAGGAGACUUCUACAACCCAGGAGACUUCCACCACCCAGGAAACUUCUACUACCGAAGAGACUUCCACCAGCCAGGAGACUUCUACUACCGAAGAGACUUCCACAACCCAGGAGACUUCUACUACGGACGAAACUUCUACAUCCGAAAUCACCACAACAACUGAAGUUACACCGACGACACCGUCACCUAGCGGUAUUUGUGGUGGCAAGCCACUUGGCUCACUCGUCCCCUAUCCUAAUAAUUGUGGCAAAUAUAUUAUUUGUGAAGAACCCAUACCCAUUGGCUAUGAUUGUCCAGAGGGAUUAGAAUUUAGUCCGGAGGAAUUGGAAUGCAUGUCUCCCGAUCUAGCCAACUGUACUCCAAAAUCGACGACAGCAGCAACGACACCUGUGCCCUCAACCACACCAUUUACCACGACUACAGAAACCCCUUGCAACACAUCGCCUGAUACAACCGCUUCUACAUCAACUUCGGAGUCUACUACUGUAGAUGAUUCAACUACAACUGAAGAAAGUACCUCAACUGUCACAACUACACCAUUCACCACGACUACAGAAACACCUUGCAACACAUCGCCUGAUACAACCGCUUCUACGCCAACUACGACAACUGAAUCAACGACAACAACAAUAACAGAUUCAACAACGACAACAAUACAUCCCGAUACACCCAAUAUUUGCUGUGGCGUUCCGCUAGGCACACUUCUACCCUAUCCCAAUGAUUGUAACCGAUAUGUGGUCUGUGACUAUCCCAUACCAUAUGCUGUAGUCUGUGCGGAAGGAACUCUAUUCGAUCCUCAGGAACUGCAGUGCACCGCCGAAGGCGUCGAUUCCUGCUACUAAACUGACCCAACUAAAAUUCCAAACUGUACUCAGAAAGUUCCUUAAAUUAGUUAACAAAGAAAGCAUAUAACAAAUAUAAAAGCAAAGCUCAAAA